AUGUCGGCCUUCACACGAAUUCCCUCGAUCGCCCAACCCUUCGUCAGCGAGAAGACCCUGGACCUGACCCAACUCGGCGAAGGCGACCAACGAUGGAACACAUACCCAUCGGUCAUCGAAUCCCUCAAGACCAAGGCACGCCAACUAGGCCUGUGGAACAUGUUCCUACCCAAGAACCAUUAUUCCCAGGGUGCUGGAUUCACGAAUCUUGAAUACGGUCUGAUGGCCGAAUAUCUGGACACAGGCAACAUGGAGGUCCUCGCCAAGUACGGCAACGAAGCUCAAAAGCAGCAGUGGCUGGCACCCUUGCUUGACAGCCAAAUCCGCUCAGCCUUCCUCGAUGACUGCCCAGAGCAAUCACCCCAACAGUUAUAG